AUGCACGAGCUGAAAGGAGUGAUGGAUUGUCUUGGAUACUCGAAAAAUCGAAUAUUCGACAGCUCAAAAGUCAAUGAUGUCGGCUUCACGAUGAUGAAUCCCCUCGUAUGUUCCCUCGGCGGCGGGGCCCUCUGUAGUACGAUGCUGAAUGUUGGCAUGAACCCGACGCUUCUGCGGAAUGUGGAACAUCCCCGAUUCAACAGUUCCAGGGUUCCGGUCUACGCCGUGAAUUCUCCCGCGGGGACGACAGUGCAGGACUUCGUUCAUUUCUUCCAAAUAAUCGAAUCAGGACGGUUCGCGAAAUUCGAUUAUGACGAUAAACCGACCUGUUAUCCAGGAGUCAAAACAAACAUGGCCAUCUACGGCAAGAAACGACCUCCCGAGUAUGAUCUCGACAACGUUCGGGUUCGUCUGAUUGCGUUCCAUUCGAAAGAUGACACUUUCGCCGGUCCCGAUGGCGUGGCUCUGCUGUACCCGAAGGUCAAACACUUAGUUUUUGACAACGGCUGGUAUUCGAUAGAAAAAUCCAAGUUCCUCCACCUUGAUUAUUUAUGGGCCAUGGAUGCCAUCGAGCUGGUGUACAUGAACGUUCUGAAUCACAUGCGUAAGGUCGAUCGAUUAGAAGACGGAGCCAUCCGAGACCUGGAUGAGCUAUUCAGUAUGUAUCAGACUAACGGGACCAAGAACACGAUUUGA